AUGGCGACGUUGUUUGACGAGAUCAGCCAGCAGCUGGACUUCACUAGCUGUGGAGAGGAGGGGAGCAGCAGUGACAACAGCUCUGAUGACUACACGUCCAGGAUCCGCAGUCCCAGCAUCCGCAGUCCCAGCAUCCGCAGUCCCAGCUCUGCUUGCAGGACACCCAGGGUGCAACGCCACCGCAGUAGAAGCAACACCUUAUCUUCCCCUUUACAAUGCACCAGCCCCAUCCCUUAUGCCUCCUGGAGGAAACUGAGGCUCUGUGACUCUCCCAGCACGCCAAAGAGCCUACUAUCAAAAUCAUCCCAGCCUUGCUCCAGCACUAAGAUAAGUCGCCAUCAGAGGGCCCUGUGCUUCACCUCAGCCCCCGCUACCAACAUCCACGCACUUUCUGUCAAUGUGAAUCCUUUCACCCCUAACACAGUCCGCAGGAGCAGCGAGCUGCAGUGGAGGAGUAGUUGUAGGAGUGAUGAUGAUGAUGACUGUGGACGCAGAUUGAAACACAGCCUAACGUCAUCAGAGGAGGAUGAUGAAGCAUUUCUCCCUCCAAAGAGACGAGCUGUCCAAGCCCUCAUGCUGUCACGCUAUGAGAGUGAGUUCCUAGAGCUGGAGUGCAUUGGCGUGGGCGAGUUUGGGGCAGUUUAUAAGUGUGUGAAGAGGCUGGAUGGUUGCUUGUACGCAAUAAAACGUUCCCGCCGACCCCUGGCAGGCUCUGCCAAUGAACAACUGGCUCUGAAGGAAGUGUACGCACAUGCUGUUCUUGGGCACCACCCACAUGUUGUUCGCUAUUAUUCAGCAUGGGCAGAAGACGAUCACAUGAUUAUUCAGAACGAAUACUGUGAUGGUGGAAGUCUCAACGAUGCCAUUGUAAAGAAGGAGGUGCAGGGUGAGCUGUUUUCAGAGGCCGAGUUGAAAGAUCUACUCUUACAGGUGUCUAUGGGGCUGAAAUACAUCCACAGCUCAGGCCUCGUACACCUGGACAUCAAACCAAGCAAUAUAUUCAUUUGCCAGCGUCCCAGCACAAGUGCUUUACGUGACGGGGAGAGUGAGGAGGAAGAUGAGGGAAGCUCUUCAGCAGGAGUCAUUUACAAAAUUGGGGAUCUGGGUCAUGUGACAUCGACCAACAGUCCUCACGUUGAGGAAGGGGACAGCCGCUUUCUGGCCAGUGAGGUCCUGCAUGAGGAUUACAGUAACCUCCCCAAGGCAGACAUCUUUGCGCUGGGACUCACGGUACUGCUGGCAGCUGGGGCUGCUCCUCUGCCUCAGAAUGGAGAUGAAUGGCACAGCCUUAGAGAGGGGCAACUCCCUAAACUACCACAGGAGCUAUCACCUCCUUUCAGAUGCCUACUUCAGUUGUUGCUGGAUCCAGACCUGAUGAAGCGGCCGUCUGCUAGGGAACUUUGCAAGCACACAAUGUUAAGGGAGGAGAGGACUGGGAGGCUGGCAGCUCAGCUACGCAGAGAGCUCAAUGUAGAGAAGUUCAGGACAGCCAUGCUUGAAAAAGAGCUCCAGGAGGCACGUCGGGCAGCUUUGUCACCCAACCAGAACCUCACACCUGGCCUGAAACCCCCUGCUGCGAUGGGGUCUCUACCCAGAACAGGAAGGAGGCUUGUUGGCAGGAAAACUGCACGAUCCAUGAGCUUUGGUUGCCCAGGGUAUGGAGUCUGAUGGGAUGCUGUGAGGUCCACAUGCCUGUUCUUUUGCUCUGAUGCAGUGUGUCUCCCUCUGUAUUGUGUCGUGGUAAAAAUGUAGCAGGUCUGUGUGAGAGGACUGUGUGACAAGAUCCCUGUACAGCAAAGAUUUUGUUGCUACUGAUUGAAACAACUGGUUGAACAAUCCAACUGAAAGAGAGCCUUGUCAGAAUUGUUUUUUUUAAUUUAUCUUACCUUUAAAUAGUUUUUUUUUUUGU